AUGGCGGAGGACAGUGAGAUAUGGAAGGUCAUCUGUGAAGGUCCUUAUGUGCCCACCAUGGAGGUUAAGGUUGGAGAGAUAACAAGAGUGAUUCCCAAAACUAGAAAAGAGUAUAAUGACUCUGACAAGCAACUAGUUCAGAAAAAUUACAAAGCCAAGAAGCUACUUAUGUGUGGCCUUAGUGUAAAUGAAUACGAUCUGAUCUCAUCUUGUGAAUCAGCUAAGGAAAUCUGGGAUCUGUUGAGAACAACUUAUGAGGGCACUGAGGAAAUAAGGAAAUCUAUUCUAGAUCUCUUUAUCACUCAGUUUGAUGGUUUCACCAUGAAAAAAGGUGAACUCAUUCAUGAAAUGCGCACCAGAUUCUCCACCAUUACAGAUGAGCUCAUGUUACUUGAAGAACAAAUCCCUGUUGCCAAGCAAGUCUCUAGGACACUAGAAAUUCUUCCUAGAUCUUGUACAAAUGAUUUUGUGACUGAAAAUGAGACAAGAGAACCUGAUGUAAUGACGAUGUAUACACUAUUUGAGUAUCUUCAAGUUCAUGAGAUGCACAGAAAAUGGGAGGUUCUCUUUCUUAAGGGCAAAGACAAGAGGACAUAUCUGAUUGAUAAGGCCGAUCAGAAGAAAGAAAAUCAUGACAAGGCUACCAACUCAAGUGAAGUGUGUGGCAAGUGCGAUCUACCAGGUUACUCCAUUGGAAAUUGUCCUAUGCACAAAGCUGACCACAUGAAAUCUAUCAAGAAUGAAGAAGGUAAAGACAAAGAGGGGGACCAGGUCCGUGACAAGCUAAGCAGAAGAGAAGCCUUUUUCCAGGCACUGAAGAAAGAUGUAGCUGCAUGGGAAAACUCCUCAAGUGAUUCAGAUGAUUCUGAGCACUCUAAUGAUGCUUUCAUGGGAAAGUCAGAUAAGGAGGAUGCUGAUGAAAAGCUAACAACUGAGAAUGUUCUCGUAAACAAUAGCCUAGACAUCUCUCAAGAUGAAAAAAUUGCUUUAGUUCCCCAAAUAUCUGAUAUUGAAAAUCAAAUGGUUAUUCUAGAAGCUGAAAAUCUAGAACUGAAGGAAAAGAUAAAAGGGAUAACUAAUACAAUUUUGAAAGGAAAAAAUGAGGGAAGCAGCUUGCAGCUGAAGCUUGAAAAUAAGCUGCAUACUGCUGAAAUGAAGAUGAAGUUGGCUUUGGAAAGAAAUCUUGAGUUGGAGAGGGACCUGGUCCGUGUAAAAGAGGAGCUUGAAAAAUCUCUCAAAUGGACCAAUUCCUCUAAGAUCCUUACAGAUCUAAUUGGUCAAGGAAACAACAGUAGAAGAGGGUUGGGUUGUAAGAAGAUAGAUCCCCCGUAUAAUCCUCACAGCAAAUCUGUUUCUGAUGCUGAUAAUUUGUCGUGUGUGUAUUGUGGUCGAGAUGGACAUCUUAGAAAGGAUUGUCCUGUUCUGAAAAAAUAUGGAGAAAGCUCAUUAAACUAUUCCCACAAAAGGAAUAGACUGAAAAAGGGACCUGGUCUUGUUUAUCGAUCUAAGUUGAAGAAAACUAGUAUGCCUCACUGGACAAAAGACUUUCUUAUCACUCCGUUAUCUGCGUACUGGGAACUCCGUCUCAAAUGGGUUCCCAAGGCUAACAAGUGA